CAAGAUGGCGGCUUCGGCGGGGGUCGCCGGUGGCCCUCCGCGCUUCUCCCUCCUGGUGGUCUUCGGGACCGGGGGCGGCAGGCCCGGCCUGCGACGGGCGGUGUUGGGGACCGUCAGAGCCGGGAUUCGCUCGUGGGAUAUCGACCUGACCGCCUGCAACCUCGACCAGCAGCUGAAACUCUUUGUGUCCCGUCAUUCGGCUACCUUCUCUGAUAUUGUGAAAGGUCAGCGUGCCCUUCAUCAUCGCGGAGAUAUCCUAGAGACAUUAGUUUUGCUGAAUCCUUCCGACAAGUCGAUCUGUGAUGAGCUCCGCAGCCUGAUCACCGAUUCUUCCCAGCACAAGCUGCUGAUCUUUGCUGGGCCUUGCGUGGAGGAGACGGGGGAGCUGGUGCUCCAGACGGGCACUUUUGCAUUGCAGGACUUCAUCCAGGUCUUUGCUGACAAAGCGGUUGGGGAGUUCCUAAGCUCAGCAAACCCUUCGGCCAAAACCUGCUUGACUGUGGUUUGCCCAGACUUUGGGGUAUGGAAGGAUUCCAGGCUGGGCGAGCACAACCUGUUGGAUUUCAUCGAUCUCCGGUUCAACCCCGGCUAUGUGCUGCCAGAGAUGGAGGGCUUACAGGAGUUCAUCGAAUAUCUUUCGGAGUCCCUAGAUCCCCCGUCCCCUUUCGACCUCUUGGAGCCUCCCAGCACCGUCGGCUUCCUGAAGCUCUCCAAGCCUUGCUGCUAUAUCUUUCCGGGCGGGAGAGGAGACUCUGCCUUUUUCGCUGUUAACGGGUUCAACAUAUUGGUGAACGGGGGCUCCAAUCCCAGGUCCUCCUUCUGGAAGCUGGUUCGCCACCUGGACCGCAUUGACUCCAUCUUGGUGACCCACAUCGGGACGGACAGUUUACCCGGGGUGAACAGUCUGCUGCAGAGGAAGCUGGCUGAAAUGGAGGAGGAUCCGUCUACGCAUGGCUCCCAGAACGACGACUGGGCGAAGAAUCUCAUCUCGCCGGAGUUGGGCGUUGUGUUCCUCAACGCCUCCGAGAAGCUGAAGACUAUAGAAGGAGACUCGGGUAUCCUAAAGAGUUGCGACGAGGGCAGUUUGGCCCUGCAGUACCUAGACAAGCUGGGCAUUAAGCUGAGCCCUCUCUACCGGGAUGUUGGCCCCAAGGCAGAACCCACCAUCCUUUUCCAGAAGAUGGGUGUGGGACGGCUGGAUAUGUAUGUCCUCAACCCAGUGAAGGGCAGUAAAGAGUUGGAGUUCUUGACGCAGCAGUGGUGUGGGAAUGGUUACCCCAAAGGGCUGGAGCUGCCCUUGCAGUGCUUGACCUCCAUCUGUGCCCUUCUGGUUUGGCACCCUGUGAACCCCACCGAGAAGAUUGUUCGGGUCUUGUUCCCUGGUUGCACACCCCCCAGCAAGAUCUUGGAAGGGCUGGAGAAAGUCAAACACUUGGAGUUCCUCAAGCAUCCGGUGGUUACUCAGAAGGACCUGGACUCUUUCUCCUCUUCUACUCCGCUCAAGCAGAAGCGGACGGAGAGCCAAGAGAGUCUCAAGUCCGGUUCUAGGCUGAGCCUCACAGAGCCAAGCGCGCCAGUUUCCAAGGAGAAGCGGGAACUGAAGCCAGUAAAUGUCCGAGAUAGACCCAAGGCACCUAGUGAGACCUCAAAAGGUAGCAUUGAGGAAGAGAGAACUAAAGAUGCCAGAUCCAAGUUGCUCUCUUCAACAGAGAGGCUCAAACAAGACGUGAGGCCCAAAUUGCUGAAGGAGAGGCAGAUACCCAAGAAGGAAGUGAAGAAGGAAGAGAAGAAGCCAUCACCAAAGGAAGACGCUGGCCAAGACAAGGAUGUAACCAAGAAAGAGUCAAAGAUGGUGAAGAAAGAGGGGAAGGUGGAUCCUCCCAGAAGAGAAAUAAAGAGAGAGGAGACCAAGAAGGAUGGCAUGAUGGAGGAGAAAGUGACUAAGCAGCCAGUUCGGAAACUCCCGGCUGCAGAGGGCAAGAGGCCCCUGACCAAGAUGGGCAGUGUCAAGAAGUCUAUCCCCACCCUCAAAAAGGACAUGGAAAAGCCGAAGACGAAGCUGUCUAAGGAGACUGCCGGCACCCCAAAGACAUCUGGAGGUGCCAAGGGAGGUCGCUCAGAUGUGUCCAAAUCUUCAUCGGAGAAUGGGAUACAGGAGAUGGAGAGGCCCAGGGAGAGCUCUCGGCAGGGACCUUUGGGAGCAGACUCGACCGACGAAGGCAUCACCACGGCUGAGAGUGAGCUGGAACCUUCACCCUUGGACGGCAUGGGUUGCCAUGGAAAUGGCCCAGAGAGUGCCGAGAAUGGCCUGGGUGUUGGGGGAGAUCCAGAGAGCCCCCAGCCUUUCCGGCACCUGGAAGCCAGUUCCCCUCUGAAAGGCAUUGGACCGCCGUCCCCGUUAGCGAAGACUCCCAAGAGCGAUCGGAGCGUCAACUUUGAGCUGACUCCCACAGAUAUCCGGGAAGGCCUCAACCACUGUCCGGAGGGCGAGGAGGCCUGCGGCAGUUCCGAGGAGAAGACCCUUGAAAUGAUGUCCCCCUCCAGCUCCACCCCAGCUAGUGCUGGCCACACCCCCUUCCACCAGUCCCCGGUCGAAGAUGCUAUCAUGGCCGAGGAGCCAGUGGCCAUUAUCAAUACCUGGAAGCCUGAUGGUUCUAUCUCUGGCUCACGGGCCUCGCGUGACAACUCCAGUUCAUCGCAGGAAAGGCCUUCAGGUUGCCUGUCCCCCAGCCUCCUCCGGGAUGAUGUCGCAGAUGUGUCCCCCACCAUUACCACUCCUUCCCUCCCGGCUGAAGUGGGAUCCCCUCAUUCUACUGAGGUUGACGAGUCUCUCUCCAUCUCCUUUGAGCAAGUUCUGCCCCCAGUCACCCCGCUGAGCAAAGGCGGAUUGAGUUUGCCUGUCCGACCCUGUCACCACCACCACCACCAUUCCAGCGCGCAGCGACUGGACGGCCACGUCCUGCCUCAGUCUGGCCGUCGUUCGGACUCCCCUCACGACGUGGACCUCUGCCUGGUGUCUCCAUGUGAGUUUGAGCACCCCAAGUCAGAAAGGUCCCCCUCUGUCAACUUCAGCCCCCGGGACAUGUCGAACAGCAGCGACUUCUCCCAAGAGUUGACAAAACCCCUGAGUCACAGGAAAGGCCCGAGGGGACGCAAGCCGCACGCCCUUAUUGACGAAACCCCACCUACUUCGUUCAGCGAGUCGCUGCCUACCCUUUCAGACUCUGACAUCCCGCCGGCCACUGAGGAGUGUCCUUCCAUUACAGCCGACGGCGGCUUGGACUCGGACGACGAACCUGAGAGUCUGGCUCGGACCUGCGACCCACUCCCGGCCCCCCUUAAAGACCCGUGCCCCUUGCCUGCCCAGCCAGGCAUCUGCAUGGUGGAUCCCGAGAAAGAAGGGCCCGCCAAGGCCAAGAGGGCCCCUUCACGGGUGAGCUCGGCACCCCCGAAAGUAGAUACCCCAAAAGCUUUGGCCCUGAGCAGCAGGACCAAAACCUCUUCUGCCGGCUCAGCAGACAAAGCGCGACUGCCCACCUUUGGGAGAAACGAGCCCUUGGCGUCCCGAGCCGGUGGGGACACCCGAGCCCCCCUCUCCGCUCGUAGGCCAUUAUCAGGAGCUGGCAGACAGUCUCCAGCAGGCACCAAGUCUGCCCUUCCAUGUCCCCCGGUUUACCUGGAGUUGGCCUACAUCCCUGGUGCCGCCAGCAGCCCAAAGGUGGACGAGGACUUCUUCCGCCGCGUCCGGUCCCAGUGCUACGUCAUCAGCGGGGAAGACCACAUCAAAGAAGGCAUCAUGAGGGGCAUCCUGGAUGCACUGUUGUCCGGGAAGCAGCAUUGGGCGAGCGACUCCCAGGUGACCUUGAUCCCGACCUUUGACUCGCAGGCCAUGCACGAAUGGUACUUGGAGACACUGGAGCGCCAGCAGGAGUUGGGGGUCACCGUCCUGGGCAGCACCAGCACAGUGGCCAUGCAGGACGACUGCUUCCCAGCGUGCAAGGUGGAGUUCUGAAGGGCCGGCGGGCCACGU